ACAGAAGUCUUUUGCUGUCACAUGAAGGAAUGGUGCUCACCAGGGACUCCAAGAUAUAACUGGAUGUCUUUGCACUUCUCUCAGAGCCAGAUAACAGUGAAUGGAAACUCUGGAGUUGCUGUGAGUCCAAUGAGUUACUAUCAAAGGCCGUUUUCCCCAUCCGCUUACUCUCUACCGGGUUCAUUCAAUUCCAGCCUUACCAUGCAUCAUGGCCGGUCACUUGACUCCACAGAGACAUAUCCUCAGCAUGUGCAGUCCCUGGACAGCUCAAUACCACUGUACAGAUCGUCAGAGGAAGAGAAGAGAGUGACGGUCAUCAAAGCCCCACAUUACCCAGGGAUUGGGCCUGUUGAUGAAUCUGGAAUCCCCACGGCCAUUAGAACGGUAAGAAAUACCAGCAAGGUAGAUCCCUAGGGGUGGAAUUGCCGGGU